CUCCGAAGAAGAAGUAAAGGGAAGUAAACAGUGAUCAAGAAAACGUCAGCGUUUUAGCAAAAAUAUUACUAAUUUAAUUGCACAGCAUCACAUACUUAUCCAAUGUAGUCUUUAAUUCGAUUUGGAGACAGGACUUGACUGAUAGAUGCUAUCUCGGUAACGUUAGCUAAUAAUGGCUAACGUGAACAGUAUGGUUUUCCACACUCAAAUAGCCUCCAUCAUGGAGGUGCUAGCGAAUGCAGCCGUGGCAGAGAUCUGUAAAGUCGUAGACGACGACUAUGAAGUGUUUCGUUUGGAAAUAACUCAAAGCCAGAAAGAAAACAGGACAUUGAGGAGGAAACUACAGCUUCUGGAAAUGAAACUGUCACGGGAGCGCACAGAGAAGACUAUGCGAGAGCGCGUUCUCGCCAGUCCCAGAAAUGUCAAGGUCCUCGACCGAUACAGAGCAACGGCAAGAGGUGAAGGACAUUUCACUGGAGGCUACAGAAGCAUUGUGAAGCCAGCGGGACAUAAUACAUGGAGAGAUGACCAACCAAUCACUGUUGACGAAGGGAGUGGAACCUCAACCCAGCAUGUUAUCGUGAUCGAGUCUGCAGAUGCAGAGGCUGCAGGUCCUGGGGUCAAGCAGGAGAGGUCUGAAGGACAGGAGGACCCACGUCACUGCAGAGACAUCCAAACGGGAGCGCCCCCUGAAGCCACGGAGGACCUCGCUGCCGCCGCGCCCCAGCCCAGGGCCAGACGCAGCAUCAUGGAGGAGGAGGAGGGUCCAGAGGUGCUGCUGGUGAAGGAGGAGGGGUGCGAGGAGGGUCUGGGGAACCCUGAGGAGGCCAUAGUCGUGGAUGACAACCAGACUACACCUCCUCCUGAACCCACAGAGGAACCAGCUGAGCAGCAUAGGACCACACACAGUCUCACUGAGUCAGUAGACAUGGAGGAUGGGAAGCCUGAUCUGCUGCUUGUCAAAGAGGAGACAAUAGAAAACGGACCAGAGAGCAUUGAUCUGCUGAGUGGACUAAAGAUGGGGGAGCAAGGUGGUUGGCUGGAGGCUAACAGAGACUGGACGGCCAUCUUGGAUUCCCAGACCCAGGCGGGUCCAGCCAAGGGUCCAGGGGACAACAUCACUGAGGCGGCCAGGACUAGAGGUGACAUAGUGAAGUCUGCAGUCCAUGAAGACCUGCUGAUAUCCUGUGUUACUGGCGGGAGAGACUGGACCUCUGAAGUGGCUGGUCACAAACCCUGGCAACAAAUCAGAACCCUGGAUCAGGAGCCGUCUCUCUUCCUUCCUGAAUCGGAACCAGGACCCAACCAAGAGGGACAGAGACUCCACCACCACACAGAACACAACCAAUGGACAGGUGGACUGAACAACCUCGGUCCUGGUGGUCAUCAGAGAGACCGAGGCUCCAGUCAGGGAUCCAGUCUGCAGCCCAGACCCUUCUCUUCACAGUCUCAGUGCAGGGAUGAUACAGGGCCUGGGGCUGAUAGAGACAGACCCUCCUGUUCCUAUGAUACAAACACCACAGUAUCUAUGAUGAAUAGAGCAGGUCACCCUGGGCUUCAGCCUUCACAGGUUGUGGUGGGAGACCCCCCUGGUGGUAGUCGGUCUUCUCCUUCAGGGUCUCGUCUAAUGCCUGGUGGGGUCUGGGUUCAUAGAAGGCCUGGGCCUGAAUCUGGGUCUAGCCUUCCUCAGCUACCUCAUGGUUACCCCACCCAUUCAAACAGGGUCAGGAUCAGUGUUCACAACGAGACGUACCUAGCCUAUAACACAGCACACAAUCCCAACAACAUCCAAACAAUGGCUAGAGGUCAAGGAGGGAGCUCCAACACUAACCACCUUAGGGUGGUGGCUCCUGCGUCUACCUCCUCUGGUGUCAUUGGGUCACAACAUGGGAGGCCGAGCAUUAGGACGGACGCCGAUAAGCCGUUUGCCUGCCCCACGUGUGGGAAGCUCUUUGCUAAGACAAAAUAUAUGAAGCAGCACCAGACCGUUCACACCAAGGAGAGGCCCUUCAAGUGCAAACUAUGUUACAAGAGCUUCUCCUUCUUGAGUUACCUCAUCAGACAUAGGCGUGUCCACAACAGGGAGAAAUUGUAGCUAUUCUUUAGCUGAAAUAUUGUAGGUCUCAUUAAGUCUACUGGGGUCAGAGUUUUUGGGGGAUUACUCGGUCCUUUUAGUUGAUUAUCUGGGGAUGCUCACAUGAUACAGGCUUGUUGUUUGGUGUGCCUGGCAUAGCCAAAAAAAAACACUGAAAUUAGCCAAAAACUAAGUUGUCAUUCAUUUUUACAAUACCCUACAUUUGUUGGACUUUGUACCUGUGGAACAUAGUGGAAACCCUUUAAAACUCGGUCCUUGCUAUCCAGAAUCCUUGGGAUGUUACACACAACCCCCCACCUCUGAAUUUGGUUUUGCCUUUUUUUCUAUUCAUAACAAAUGAUUUAUAACACCUUUAACACAUUUGGCAUAGUCAGGUUGCACCUGUUCCUUUAUGUGAUCAAAUCUGUUAUGAAAAGGAAAUGAUUUCUCAUUUAUUAAGUUUACAAUUUAUUUGCUUGUUUAUCAUUUAGAAUUUAACAUGACUUUAGUUUCAUUGGCACAACUGAGCAAGAGGACAAGUACAUUAGUGUCUAGUUUGAGAAACAGACGCCUCACAAGUCCUCAACUGGCAGCUUCAUUAAAUAGUACAUGCAAAACUCCAGUCUCAACGUCAACAGUGAAGAGGCGACUCUGGGAUGCUGGCCUUCUAAGCAUGAUUCCAUAUGUGUUAUUUCAUAGUUUUAAUGUCUUCUAUUAUUCUACAAUGUAGAAAAUUCUACAAAUAAAUAACCCUUGAAUGAGUAGGUGUUCUAAAACUUUCGACCGGUAGUGUAUGUAGACGGGAUGACUAUCAAAACAUUAUAUGCCAGAUGGUUAAAUGCUGCAAUUGUGGUGGCGAACAUGCGCCCAAACUCCUGAAUUGUUAGGGUGAAGGAGACAGAGGUGGCAAAAAUAGGGCUGUCAGGGAGAAGGGAGUAACGUUUUGGAAACAAUGGUAUUUCGAUUAGAGACACUAGUGAAUGUUCCUCGCCAACAGAGAGAUCCUUACAUGUUAAACGAUGACUUGCAAUGGUUAUAAACUGCACAGCGCAAACAGAAAGAAAAAUAGAAGAAAAUGGUAACCAUUGAGUGCAGCUCAACAUUUCUUGGGGGGGGGGGGGAACUUAUAGCAGAGACAUUACAAGUAAUCCUGUCAAUGAAUGUUCCGCUCUCACAGGCCCCUGAGCCUGUGUUGGGAUGCGAUUUGGACUAUGAUUGAAGGAGUGGGAUGGGUUUUUGAUUUAUUUCACUUUUUGUAUGACUUCGUCUCCCUCCCUCCCAUUUGGUGGAUGUCAGAUGCAGCGAGAGGCUCAGAGAUUUAGAAUCAGUCAGGAUGUUUCGUAUGCAGAGGAUGUAAGACAGAUUGGUAUGACUACAGUGCAGAAUGAUGGAGCUUCCAUGGCUGCUCCUGUACUAAGUGGACCAACUGUUGGGGCUGGUAUGUUUUCUAGACCUGUUCAGAAGUCUUGCGCUCAUGAACGUGCUCUGUCAAAGGACAUUUUGAUAGUGACAAAACUUAACCUAUGAGGUUAUCAACACGACUCGGGUAGUGGAAAGCAGAAAUGCUAGGUUGAAGGUUAUUGUGGAUACGGCAAAAUAGUUAUUGGGGUUAACAGAUACCAUUGAAAUGGUUGUAGACAUGCUGAAUAAUCCUACGGGUGGAUUGUUUCAGAAUGAUAUAAAUAAAGUUUAAUGGGUUGGGGGCUUGGGAGGGUUAGUAGGGCUUUUCCCCCCAGUUAUUUUUUUCUUAGUCGUGCAUAAUUAGGUAGACCAUGAUUAAUGCACACUCCAACACAGUAGGUGGCGGCAUGCACCUUUAAACGUUUGUUUGCGGACGGCAAUGAUAUCAUAGAAGACGAACGGAAGUGAACAGUGACCAAGAUCCACGUUAAGAGUUUUUAUUGUUAAUAUUUAGUUGUGUAUUACCACCCUGGGACGCAAUAUGACUUAACUACACAGCAUCACAUACUUAAUCCAAGUAGUGUUUAAUUCGCGUUGGAGACAGGACUUGGUUGAUAUGUUAUCUAGGUAACGCUCGUUGUCGAGCUGCUAAUAAUGGCUGGUAACUCUAACGGUAUGUUUUUUCACACUCAAAUAGCCUCCAUAAUGGAGGUGUUAGCGAAUGCAGCCGUGAUCUGUAAACUCGUAGACGACGACUAUGCAGUGUUUUGUUUGGAAAUAACUCAAAGCCAGAAAGAAAACAGGACAUUGCGGAAGAAACUACUGGAACUGAAGGUGGCAGUAGUGUCAAGAUCGUCGACCGAUACAGAGGAAUGGCAAGCGGUGAAGGACAUUACACUGGAGGCCACAGGAGCUUUGUGAAGCCAGCUGGACACAGUACAUGGAGAGAUGACCAACCAAUCACUGUUGAUGAGGGGAGUGGAACCUCAACCCAGCACGUUAUCAUAAUAGAGUCUGCAGAUGCAGAGGCUGCUGGCCCUGAGGUCAAGCAGGAGAGGUCUGAAGGCGAGGAGGAUGCACGGCACAGCAGAGACAUCCAGACUGGAGUAGCUGGAGCUCCCCCUGUAGCCACAUAAGACCCCACCACUGCCACAGCACCGCCCAGGACCCGAUGCAGCAUCACGGAGGUCAGUGGAACGCAGAACGCCGUCCUCAAGUCAGAGACCAAGACUUUAACUGUACACACAGGAUCAGAUCCAGAGAGUAUCCAGUAUUUACCGGUAUUUCAACAAAUCUUGAAGCUGGUUCAUUCCCAUGUAGAUGGUGAUGCAUUACACUGAAGUUGAUGAUCCGUCUUGUUCUUACACUACAGAGAUGGACCCUGGCAACAUAUCCUUGGAUUUAGAGAGACAGACUGAUCAGUCAAAAUGGGACUGGAACCAGUACAGUAGUAGUGUAUAUUCUGAAGGGUGCCUAGAUAAGAAAGGGGUGGUUAUAGAUGUAGAUGAGAUGACUGUGAGAGUGGAGAGGGAUGUUCCUCCCACAUGGAAUACAGAUAGUCACCUAGGAGACGGACACUCGCAGGGCAGAGAAUUCUUAGAUUACAGGGAAAGCUUAGACAAAUACAAAUGUCACGACUCACUCCCCUUUACACGCGCUCAGGGAUUGCGACCUAGUGUCCACAUCGAUGGGGCCUUCCAAUUCACACCUUUUCGAUCAGGAAUUGAACUCAGAUGACAGGGCUCAAGGAGGGGGAGCCACAUCGGGAAAUAGUAAAGAUAAACGGUUCCUCUGCAUGUUCUGUAACAAAGGCUUCAGCUGCCUCCAGAAGGUGGAGAUCCACCAGAGGGUCCACACAGGGGAGAAACCUUACAGCUGUAACCAGUGUGAGAAGAGGUUCUCCCGCCAGGACCACCUGAAAAGGCACCAGAGGCUCCACACAGGGGAGAAACCCUACAGCUGUUCCCAGUGUCACAUGCGCUUCGCCCAGGCUGGUCACCUGAAGAUGCACCUGAAGGUCCACACGGGAGAAAGGCAGUUUGCUUGUACGCACUGCAGGAAGAUGUUCUCAGAGAGGAGCUACCUCAGGAUACACCAGCAGAAAAAACAUUCCACUUCAUAAAAUAGGAAGUAACCAUUCCACUUGAUAGCUUUUGGUGUUUCGAUCAAACCCUGCAUUUAAGACAGAUACAUUUAUCAGAAAUGUGGGAUAAUGAGAGUAACAAAUUUCAGUGUUGAAUAUUCCUGGGUAGGAUAUUGCAUCCAGACAUGUGAGAUGUAUAAAAGUCGGUUUCAUAUUGUUUGUGUUGUGUGACCACCAUAUAGCCUAUACAUUUUCCCAAGAAACUUCAUAAGAAAAUGUAUUCCGUUCAUCAAGUUCAUACUGAUUUUUAGUUGAGACACAUGUAUGUGUCUUUUUCAUAUGGUGUAUUCAGCUGUUGUUUGUUUAAUAAACACAAAAUGGGACUUUUCAUUUCCAAAACUUUCAUUGAGACUCUUUAGACCCCCACAUUAAAAAGCACCUACUGUACAAGUCAAAAUACUUUUGUCAGGUUUGUCUGACUUUUGAUUGAUAAUUUCUGACUUGUUUUUACCUACAACAUCAUUUAUGUCCACCGUGAUGGGUUUAACAACAAUUUAAGGAAUUCUGUAACUACGGUAUAGGACUCAAAGGGAGGAGGUCAGAGGCCUGGCAAUGAUUGUGGACAUGAUCGUGGAUUACAGGAAAAGGAGGGCUGAGCGUGCCCCCAUUCUCAUCGACGGGGCUGUAGUGGAGCAGGUUGAGAGCUUCAAGUUCCUUGGUGUCCACAUCACCAACAAACUAUCAUGGUCCAAACAUUCCAAGAGAGUUGUGAAGAGGGCACGACAAUGCCUAUUCCCCCUCAAGAGACAAAGGAUUUGUCAUGGCUCAUCAGAUCCUCAAAAAUGUCUACAGCUGCACCAUCGAGAGCAUCCUAACUGGUUGCAUCACCACCUGGUAUGGCAACU